ACACCUCACAUCACAAUCUUUUUUUGCUUUCUUUCCCGUGCCGUCCACUUUUGAUCUUCUAACAUUUGGUCGAGGGAAACCUAUUCGUCCCAUCUACGGCGGCCUCUCGUCAAUCUCUUCCCUUUGACAGCCUCCCUCCGACGUGCAUAUCCCUCCGACAAACCCGCCGCCAGGUAGCCGUCCUGUGCCGCUUCGCUCCUUUUCCCUUUCUGCCACCCGGGCUCAUCUCAUCCCAGCUCGCCCGUCAUUCCCGAGGCUGUUUGACCAUACUCCCUCGUGCCUCCCAUUCACUUCGCAUCCGGAAAAGACAGAGACAAGCCGAAUCGUAACAUAGUCAUUCCUUUUCUCGUACUCCGCCUCGCCGCCACUUCUGGCGUUAUUAUCCCCAGCACGUCUCACGAAAAGGCCCCUCCUCAGCCUCCAUCCAACCCGGGAUAACCGUGUCUCUCGACAACCGUACACCGAGUCUCGCCCCCCUUUUCGCGUCACUAAGCAAUAACACCAACACACACAAUUUGUCGGCUACGGAUCGCCUAUUUUCGGGUUGAUCCCGUUCGUAGUUGCUGACUUGCACCGCCCAGUUUCAGCGGUAUUUUGAGACGAACAACCGAAGGGUUUUGCAUCCUCCGCUGCUGUCGUUCGCCGGCCUUCCCCUACCACUCGUUGAACCGCGCCCAGCAUAAGCCGGGGACCGAACGCUUUGCCCUCCGGCUGUUACGAACAACUCUUUCUUUCUUCUUUACGGACGGCACAGUCGCUUCUCAACUCGAGUUCUCUCCGUCGUCGGUGAGGCUCGACUUACGUUCGCGACCACCAACUUUCGUUUACGCCUUUGGUUUUCCGUGUUCCAUUCUCCCUUCCUUUUGAGCGAAUCUGGUCGUUACAUCUGCGUUACUCGAUACCCAGUUCCGCAAGCGGCUUGUCUUGCCCCAAAACAACCCAAAGCUCACCUCCCAAGCCGAUCAAACAACAACGAGGAACAUAGAGCGCAUGAGAUGACGAAGCCAUAGCUUCGCAACUGUUCCGUAGCUCAAUCAAUCGACCUCGAUAUACCUCACUUGCAGGUACCCUACCGGAGAGAAUCACAUUCGUUGUCAAGGGAGAGAAAGUCGCACACACACACAUUCAAGAUGCCUACGAUUGAUGUCGCCAUGGCAAGGAGCCUUCGGGGAGGAGUUUGGGGCUCAGUGGCGUCGAGCAUCGCCGCGAAUAUCGAAACCCGCGGGAUCACAGACACGGUCAACAAUGCUGGAAACCAGAUCAACGAUGUGAAGACGGCCCUUUCGAGCUGGGACAACUGCAUGGCUGUCACUUACUGCAAGUGGCCCGUUAUCGGAGUUAUGAUUUUCGGCGGGUUGAUCAUCUUCUCCAUCGUAUGGUGUAUCAUCCGGUGCGCCUGCUGCGGCUUAUCGUGCUGUUGUCAAUGCUGCUACUGCCUGAAGUGCUGCGGUAACUGCUGCGGCUGCUGCGAUACCCCGAAAGGGACGCCUCAUAAGCACCUCGACGACGACCCAUAUGGACCGCCGACGAAUCAGGGAUACAAGUCUCAGGCCCCCAUGGCUCCGUUUUACAACACCGCGCCUACGCAUGUGGCACAUUCGACUGCGCCGGCCCCUACAGCUAGUGGAGCUGCAGCUCCGCCACAGUAUGCCGAAUUCGAAGUCAGCAAGUCGGGCGCCAACCCGGCGGACGCAGAUGCGCUGCCGGCGAUGCCCAGUUGGGAGGGUGCGGGCUCCAAGAAGGUCGCACUUACGGAAGAGGUGGAACUUGAGCAGAUGAAGCCUGCGACAUCACCCAACUCCAACGCCCAAAACAUGCCUCUUAUGGCACCUAACGCCAUGUCGCACCCAAACAGCCCAAUGCCAGGAGACAGGAGUCCUUAUGGUCAAAAUGCUCAGGCAGGUUCCAGCGGCUACUUCGCCAACGCCAACCAACCUGCAAACCCUUAUGCAAUGGGUGUUCAAGGCCCCGGCGGCUACAAUGACAGUACAUACGGACAGUCAACUUCGCCUUUCGGAGUGGACCAAGUUUACGGCACCGGGGCUAUGGCUGCCGGAGGCAUGGCGAUGGCUCAGGGUAGGCGGACUCCGCACCGGGAACUCAACAACAACGGAUACGGCCCGCAGAGGGGUCAAACCUACCCUCCACCUCAGCAAGAGUUUGAUCAAGGGUACGGGGACUACGAACAGGGAGGAUACGGCAUGGGGCGCCCUCCGCGUACCGGCCCCAGUCCGGCUCCCGUCCCCCGGAGUUUCACGGCACCACCUCGCAAUGGACCUAGCCCCGCACCGCCUGGUUUCCGUCGCUCGCCUGGUCCCCAGAACGACUACCGCGGGCCUUCGGCUCCUCCUGCUGACUACCGACGCUCGCCUGCGCCCCAAAACGACUACGGCUAUGACCAGCAAGAUCAGUACCUCAACGAUAACUACGGCCGCCCGCAAUACGGAGGAGGCGCGCGCCAAUACUCUUCCGAAUCAACCCGCCCUCUCGCGCCCCAGCCUAGCUACAUCGCUGAACUCCCGUCUCCGGAUCUCCGGAACAAUGGCGGCUUCGACUUCAGCGGUAACAGCCGUCCUCAACAGUACAACUACAACCGCAGCCCAAGCGGUGGCGUCCAACAGCACAUUGAAGAAGAGGAAGAACAGCGACCCCCACAAAGCAGUGGCGGCACCUACCCAGGAUACAAGGCGUACCAGCCGACCAAGGACGGUUGGAGCGGCGUCUGAGGAGAACGAAGGAGCAGGGCGACAAAACACCAUGGGCAUUUUGCGUGCAUGCAUAGGAGCAUCGACAGCUUGUCAUCGAUAUCAGGCUGCUAUUAAAAACUAAUCCAGUUAGAGAUUCAUCGACGCAGCGUUGCUUUGAGUUUCUGAUAGGGAUGUGCCUCGGAAGCAUAGUCCCUGCCUUCCCCUCGCACCUUCAUUGAACGUUUGUUUGGGGCAUGAAAAAAGACAGAAUCACUAGGGGACAGCUUCGUAGGAGUUUCGGGCAUACAGUGAGAGCCACUUCUUUUUUUCUCAUCAUGACGAGGAGCAAUUCAGGGCUGUAUAAUGACCGAGGUCAAGAUUUUGUUGGGAUGUCUUGUUUUUCCUGGUUUUAUUUCUUUACGUUACAGGACGGUUUUUCGACUUUCGUCCGGCCUCUUUUCUUUCUCGUCUUCUAAUGGACUGGCCAUCCAUGCCGUCAACUUUCUUCUGGGCGAUGAACGAGCCGCAGGUUGGCGUCGUAUCUUCUGCCAUCUUCAUCCUGUCUCGGAUGAUUUGAGUUUGGGGCUGUGGCUGGGAGUCAGCAGGGAAACGCUGUAAAGGUUUGAAGAGGGACUGACUCGAGGGGUUUGAGAGGACGAACACCGUGUUGAAGACAGGGCUUUCUGCAGCUACGUCGGAAUGGAAGCCUCGAAAAUGACUCCGCCUGGAGGGGGUAGCUUAUGAAUACCAGAAGCCAUAUUUGACCAAGGGACGAACUCGCAGAGCGGACAUGUCGUGAGGUGCUAGGCAGAAUCGUCCGACGAAGCC